AUGGUAGUCUACUCGCAGAAAAUAGUUGCAGAAAAGAUAGCGGAGCACCUGUUCUUGAAUCCAAAGCUUCUUGGAUCAUUAAAGUUUCUAUAUCUGAGCCACUGCCAUGGUCUUGUGAAAACCCCAGACUUUGCAAAACUUUGUGCUCUUGAGCAAUUGGUCCUUGAAGAUUGUGCAAGUUUGGUUGAAAUCGAUGAAUCUAUUGGAAUGGUCGGAGGACUUGUGUUGAUAAAUUUAAAGGAUUGCAAGCUCUUGAAGAAAUUGCCAGAAAAUUUUUGCAUGCUAAAGUUACUGGAAACACUAAAGGUAUCAGGUUGUUCAAAUCUUGGUAUGCUUCCUGGGGAGAUGAGACAAAUGGAAUCCUUGAAAGUUUUUCAUGCUGAUGGACUUGAUUUCGGCAAUUCCAGCUAUACAACUCAGCAAAAUGUAUCUUGGGGAGAAUUAUUGUGGGGUUUGGUUGCAAAACAGAAAGUUAGUCUCCAACUCUCAUUGACUUCUUUACCGUGCAACUCCAUCACGAGCUUGAGUUCGGUAAACUGCAAUUUACAUGAUAGUUCAUUUCCCUGGGAUUUCAGAGUCUCACCCACACUUGAGAAGUUAAACUUGAGUAAGAACCCUAUUCGCUUUCUACCAGAUUGCUUUAAAGGUCUAGAAGAGGUCAAGAAUCUCAUCAUAUAUGAUUGCAACCAGCUUCAAACACUCGAAGAUUUACCAAAAAUAAAAAAAUUACAUGCUUUAAGAUGCCCAUUAUUGGAGAAAAUUUCAUUGAAGCCUGGCCUUUUUUUGGAGGGUUACGCUUUCCCACAUAAAUGUGAGAAAUUACUCGAGAUGGAAAGCGUAUUCAAGGUUGUACCAAUAGGAGAAAUAGACUCAGAAUUGAUCAACAAUUUUGGUAUUUAUGACGUGGAAUCCAUGAAAACAACCCAGAGAAGAUUAUACAAUGGUUACACAUCUUCAGUAAAAAGAUGCCCAAUCCAGGUAAUAAUAUAUGGGAAUAGUCCUCAUCGGUGCGAAUCAUUCAGUAUUUUUUAUCCUGGGAGCAGUGUUCCAAUAUGGUUCACUUAUCAAAGUUAUGUGCCUUCAUUAUCCUUUAUCAUAUCAAAUUCUAAACUUAGAUACUUGAAUGCCUGCAUUGUGUACAAAUUGAACCCGGGAAAACCUAUAUAUUUCUACCUGAUAUUCCAUAACAUCACGAAAGAUAAGAUGAUUGUGCAUAAUCCAGCCUGUUAUGGCAUCCCUGAAGGUGAUGAGUAUAUGACAUGGCUAAGCCAUUGGAAAUUCGGUAGUCAUGAGGCGGGACCUGGAGAUGAGGCGGGUACUACCAUGAUAACGCGUUUGAGGUGA